AUGGAUAAUCGAAAAGAACUUUACGAUUCUAUCAUUGUUAAAGUACCUUAUCCGCCAACAGUCACGGCUGAAGAUCUGUUUAAUUUGCGGAAGCCUACAAAGAACGGAAAACCUCCAUCUAAAGUAAGCAAUAGCUUCAUGGUUUACCGCGGUGAAUUUUAUAAGGAAUUAAGGAAGACACAUCGUGGCAUACCACAAUACAUAGUAUCUCGCUUAGCGUCGAAUUCAUGGAAACUCGAACCCAAAGAUGUCAAAGAGAAAUAUCUUAAAAUCGCUCGAGAUUUGGAUAUGCUUUUCUUGGAAUCAAAUGAAAAAGCGGAUGUUCAGUUCCAGCCUUCGCCUUCGCCUUCAACUCUCGUCACCUCGACUCCUGAUUUGGCAUACUUUCAACAUUCAAUUUUUCAGGAGAUUGAAGACAACCCUGACUUACUAUAUAUUCCGGGAGGGUCACCAAUGAAAGAAAAUACCGACCGUUCUCAAGAUGACAUGUGCCCAUAUUUUAUUCCUUCUCCAUUUGGAAGUUUUCUCUAUCAAGAAGAGAUAUACAAUUCCUGUCAAGAAGCGAACAUAGAUCAUAUAUACCAAGAAGCGAACAAGCGAACAUAG